UGCGGCGAGAUUAUGGUGUGGCCAGCCCAAUAUGUGUUUGGACCCAAUAGGAAACUUGAAUGACAUUCAAGAUUCUGUCUCUGGGAAAAUAACAAGAACAAAAAACAAGGAAUGCAGAGGAACUAUGGAAUGUUGUCCAGUCUUCUUGGGCUGUAAUAACCUCUUCAUAGGUGUUAGAAGCUAGCCAACUUUAUGCAAAACAAAACUGUUCAGUUCUUAAAGACAGUGCAGUAAAAAAAUGCUAGUUCACUGAUUCACAUGAUGCAUUCAGCAGUUUGUUUUCAAGGAUAUUACACUGCUGUUUCAACAUAUUUUAUUUUCCUAAUUUUCUGAAGAAACUCAAAUUUUUUUUCUUCAUGUUUGGAUUUGAAACAGAAUGUUGCAUACUGUCAGUGCAUGUGUAAAGAAAUUGUAGCCAUUAUAAGAAUUUUGAGCUUUACUCACUUUUCUAAACACUCUGCUACUAUUUUCUGUGUCUCUGUUGUUGUCAGGGUUUUGGCCACCUUGUUCCUUCAUGGGAAGACCCAGGUUUACUUGGGAUAGUCUAUGAUUCUGUUCCCUUUCCUCAGCACAACAGACAGACUGGACAGACAACAAGACUGACGGUCAUGAUGGGAGGUGCCUGGUUCCAGAAUGUGUUUGGGGCCCCCCAGGCCGUCUCAGCAGACAGCCUCUUAGCGAGGGCCACCGAGGCAGUGCGCCGCCACUUGGGACACUGUGUGGCCCCCAGCUGGAGUAAUGUGGCUCUUCACAGGGAUUGUAUACCUCAGUAUCACCUCGGACACUUUCAGAGAGUAGAUACCAUGCGAGCCUUUAUAAAGAACAAUAACCUAUUGCUAUCUCUGAUUGGCUCAGCAUAUGAUGGCGUGUCUGUGAAUGAUGUCAUCUUCAGUGGACGAACAGCUGUAGCAGAGUUGUUGGGAGAUGGAGCUUGAUGCAACAUGAGCAACAGAUCAGAUUCUCAUCUCAUCUUGAAAUGCAUUAAUGGAGUUUAUUAAAUUUUCUAAGAACCCUUCUAAUAUUUUGCCCACCUGUUUUAAGGGAAUUGUAGUUUUAUGUCUUUAAAGAGUAACUAUGCCCUCUCUGAAAGCAUCAAAUUUGGACAAAUUAUAAAAAAUUCCUGACUUUUCGCUCAGUCAGAAAUUUCCUGUUUUUAGCUGACAGUAGUGGCACCUGCUGGUGUUUUCUGCUGCUGUAGCUCAUCCGCCUCAAGGGUCAACAUGUUGUGCGUUCAGUGGUUAUUUGAGUUACUGUUGCUGUUCUAUCAGCUCAAACCAGUCUGGCCAUUCUCCUCUGACCUCUGGCAUCAACAAGACAUUUGUGCCCACAGAACUGAUACUCAGUGGAUAUUUUCUCUUUUUCUGACCAAUCUCUGUAAACCCUAGAAAUGAUUGUGUGUGAAAAUCCCAGAAGAUCAGCAGUUUCUGAAAUACUCAGACCAACCUGUCUGGCACCAACAACCAUGCCACGUUCAAAGUCACUUAAAUCAUCUUUCUUCCCCGUUCUGAUCUCAGGUUGAAAUGCAGCAGAUUGUCUUGGCCAUGUCUGCAUGCUUAAAUGAAUUGAGUUGCUGCCAUGUGAUUAGUUGAUUCAACAUUUGCAUUAAUGAGCAGUUGGGCAGGUGUACCUAGUAAAGUGGCCAGUGAAUGUA